UUUCACAAAGCCAGCAUCACUACCAUGAAGCUGGAACUGGUGGCGGUGGCCACGGCCCUCCUACUGGUAUCCGCCAGUGGAAAGGCUGACGUCAGCAGUUUCUCCUCCUUCAAUAGUCAUGGUGGAGGAGGAGGAAGAGGAGGAGGGGGAGGAGAAGCAGGAGGAGGGUACGAUGGAGGUUCCAGUGGAAAUUCCGGAGGAGGUUACGACGGUGUUUCAAAUGGUAGUUCCGAUGGAGGCUACGCGGGUGGUGGAGGAUCCAGUGGAGACAACAGUGGCGGUUCCAUUGGUGGAGGUUCCGGUGGAGGCUACAGCGGUGGUUCAAUUGGAGGAGGUUCUGAUGGAGGCUACGACGGCGGUUCCGCCGGAGGAGAUUCUGGUGGAGGCUACAACGGCGGUAACAUUGGAGGAGGAGGAGGUUCCGCUGGAGGGUACGGUGGUGGUUCCAUUGGAGGAGGUUCCGGCGGAGGCUAUGGCGGUGCUUCCAUCGGAGGAGGAGGAGAAGGUUCCGGCGGUGGCUACGGCGGUGCUUCCAUUGGAGGAGGAGGAGGUUCCGGAGGAGGCUACAACGGCGGUUCCAUCGGAGGAGGUUCCGGUGGAGGCUACGGCGGCGGAUCAAUUGGAGGAGGAGGAGGUUCCGGUGGAGGUUACGACGGCGGAUCAAUUGGAGGAGGAGGAGGUUCCGGUGGAGGCUACGACGGCGGAUCAAUUGGAGGAGGAGGAGGUUCCGGUGGAGGCUACGACGGCGGAUCAAUUGGAGGAGGAGGAGGUUCCGGUGGAGGCUACGGCGGCGGAUCAAUUAGAGGAGGAGGAGGUUCCGGUGGAGGCUACGACGGCGGUUCCAGUGGAGGUUCCGGUGGAGGCUACGGCGGCGAUUCCAGUGGAGGCUCCGGUGGAGGCUACGGCGGCGGAUCAAUUGGAGGAGGAGGAGGUUCCGGUGGAGGCUAUGACGGCAGUUCCAGUGGAGGUUCCGGUGGAGGCUACGGCGGCGGAUCAAUUGGAGGAGGAGGAGGAGGAGGAGGAGGAGGUGGAGGGUACGACGGCGGUUCCAGUGGAGGUUCCGGUGGAGGCUACGGCGGCGGAUCAAUUGGAGGAGGAGGAGGUUCCGGUGGAGGCUACGACGGCGGUUCCAGUGGAGGUUCCGGUGGAGGCUAUGGCGGCGGAUCAAUUGGAGGAGGAGGAGGUUCCGGUGGGAGCUACGAUGGCGGAUCGAUUGGAGGAGGAGGAGGUUCCGGUGGAGGCUACGACGGCGGUUCCAGUGGAGGUUCCAGUGGAGACUACGACGGCGGUUCCACUGGAGGUUUCGGUGGUAGUUCCGUCGGUGGAGGUUCCGGUGGAGGCUACGGUGGUGGUUCCAAUGGUGGAGGUUCCGGUGGAGGGUACGGUGGUGGUUCCAAUGGUGGAGGUUCCAGUGGGGGUUACGGUGGGGGUUCCACUGGUGGAGGCUCCGGUGGGGGCUACGGUGGUGGUUCCAAUGGUGGAGGUUCCGGUGGGGGCUACGGCGGUGGUUCCAAUGGUGGAGGUUCCGGUGGGGGCUACGGUGGUGGUUCCAAUAGUGGAGGUUCCGGUGGGGGCUACGGUGGUGGUUCCAAUAGUGGAGGUUCCGGUGGAGGAGGAGGUUCCGGUGGAGGCUACGGCGGUGAUUUCAAUGGUGGAAGUUCCGCUGGGGGCUACGGCGGUGGUUCCAAUGGUGGAGGCUAUGGCGGUGGGGCCAAUGGUGGAGGAGUAGGUUCCGGUGAAGGCUACGGCGGUGGUUCCAAUGGUGGAGGUUCCGGUGGCGGCUACGGCGGUGGUUCCAAUGGUGGAGGAGGAGGUUCCGGUGCUGGCUACGGCAGUGGGUCCAUUGGAGGUUCCGGAGGUGGCUACGGCGGCGGUUCCAGUGGAGGUUCCGGUGGAGGGUACGGUGGUAGUUCCAAUAGUGGAGGAGGAGGUUCCGUUGGAGGCUACGACGGUGGUUCCAGUGGCGGAGGAGGAGGUUCCGGUGGAGGCUACGGCGGUGGUUCCAAUGGUGGAGGAGGAAGUUCCGGUGGAGGCUACGGCGGUGGUUCCAAUGGUGGAGGAGGAAGUUCCGGUGGAGGCUACGGCGGUGGUUCCAAUGGUGGAGGAGGAGGUUCAGGUGGAGGCUACGGCGGUGGUUCCAAUGGUGGAGGAGGAGGUUCCGGUGGAGGCUACGGCGGUGGUUCCAAUGGUGGAGGAGGAGGUUCCGGUGGAGGCUACGGCGGUGGAUCCAAUGGUGGAGGAGGAGUUUCCGGUGGAGGCUACGGCGGUGGUUCCAAUGGUGGAGGAGGAGGUUCCGGUGGAGGCUAUGGCGGUGGUUCCAGUGGUGGGGGCCUCUCCGGUGGUGUCAGUGGAGGAUCAAGUGGAGGGUACGGUGGAGGAAAUGGAGGAGGCGGGGGAUAUGUAGCAAAAGGGACUCUUGUUUUCAACCUAAAAGCCAAAGAUGAAGGGAAGGGAGUAGGAAGCGGCGGUGCAGGUGUAGGCUACAGAGAAGGUGGAUCAGGUGGAUAUGGUCGGUGAUUCUCACGCUUAUUAGUCGAAGGAUAUAAAAUCCAAAGCACCAUGACAAUGAGGAAUGUGAAAAGCGUUUUUUUUUACUCUAUCUCGCUCUUACCAAUAUUCGUACACACUAAUUCACCCAAUCCUUCACCUUUAGUCCUCCCCCACCCCCCUACCCACACACCCACAAACACACACACACACACACACACACACACACACACACA